ACGCGUCACGGACCUGUGUCUAGCUAGUUUUCGUAAACAAACAAAAAAAAUGUUUUAAAGGAUUUACCGAACGCCUUGAAGUGAUUAUAUAUGGAUGAUAAAGAAUAAUGUAUCUAUAAUGUUAACUAUAGCUACGCCAUCUACCCCAUUAGCUAACUAUAGUAACUAUAUGCUAGCUAGUGAGCUAGCUAGCUCGUUUUUAAACAUCAUCUUCGCCUUCUCUCAAAAAAGUUUGAUAUUGAAUGGACAUUCAUUUUAACGACAGAGUAGUGUUCUCCGUUUAAAAUGUUAACAUGUUUGAUAUCCGUUAUUAAAUGUGAAAAGAAGGACCGCGACGGACUAAGCACGUAUGAAGGAAUGUAGCUAGUUCGCUAACGCGAGUAGGUAUGCUAUAGCCAGUUGUACGAGCUAGCACACCGAAAUCAUUCGGCUAGUAUUGCGCCGCGAUAGUUUGACUUGUUAACCAGCCAGCUAUAGUGGUGUCAAGUUGAAGGACUCCAUUGUCCGGUGCAUUUUGAGUAGUCUGUUCCCCAGAAAAUCGCAUCGAGCUGUCAUCAUCAUCUCUCGACUCGCGGUCAAAUGGAACGGUGACAAAGAUGCUGAAGAUUCUCCUUGUCCUUUGUACGCUAGGCUGUGCUCUUGUUACUUGGGAUGGAGUCAAUGCAGACGGUGAAUUGCUCAAAAUGAUACCCUCUGCAGAUGGCGUGUCGUUCAUCCGGCUCGUCAAUGGGGACAGUGAGUGUUCGGGGCGUGUGGAGGUAUUCCAGAGGAACCAGUGGGGGACGGUAUGUGACCAUGGCUGGGACCUGAGGGAGGCUGACGUGGUGUGCCUGGAGCUGGGCUGUGGGCUGGCUGAGAACGCCCUCCGUGGAGCUGCGUUUGGCAGGGGCUCCAGAGAGAUCUGGCUGAGGCACGUCCAGUGCUCUGGCCACGAGGCGAGCCUGACGCGAUGUCCCAGGGUCCUCCACAGUUACCUCACCUGCACCCAUAAUAAUGACGCUGGGGUGAAAUGCUCAGGUACACUGUUGAUGCCCACCCUGUCCCUGCUCUCCCCUCACACUGUCUUCUCUGCCGGGGAGGCGGUUCGCUUCAGCUGUACUGUGCUACUGGGCCACCACCUGAAGGACUUCCACCUGUAUAAGAGGGGCAUAGACACCCCGUUGGUGACUCAGAGGGUGGACUCUGCCCAGACCAGGGUGGAGCUGACUCUGUCAGACCAAGAGGCUACACACCAGGGCAGCUACAGCUGUCUGUACAGGAUCAAGGGCAGCUCUCCCUCCUCCCUGCUCAGCUCUCCACCUAGCAACUCUAUCAACAUCACUGUGGUGGAGCUGCACACUCCUCUGCACUGGUACAACACGUCCAUCGAGGCUCCCACAGGCUCUGUCAUCAAAGGCCACAGCUUCAACAUCACCUGCUCCACCGAGCAGCAGUACCCUGGAGGUUCUUUCCAGCUGCGUCUGAUCCGUUCCAAAGGCACGGUACGACAGUCGCUGCCUGCCCUCUCGCCCUUCGUCACCUUCGCCUUUUUAAACGCACAGCGUUCCAACGAGGGCUACUAUUACUGCCUCUACAAGGUCCAGCUGGGCGGGAGAACCUUCAUGUCCCGGGAGAGCCAACCGCUCCCUAUCUCCAUCAGAGACCCAGACCCAGUGUUGAGCCCUAUGGUGAUCAGCUGGCUGGCGUCUGCUCUGACCUUCCUCGUGGCUCUCCUCAUCAUCAUCAUCAUCGUUGCCAGAGUGCUCUGCAAGAGGGAGAAGAAACCCUCGGAGCUAGAGAGAGAGACCAGAACCUGUGUGGACAACACUUACGUUGCCUUAGCAAUAAAAUUGUGAGUUGGGCAGUAUAUUUGGAGAAGGACCAUGUGUUUUUGAGAGAACCGUAAAGGUGGAACCAUGGAGAGACAUUCCUGAGCUGACAAACCUU